AUGGCUGGCAAUCUGGCGGACAAGGCCCGCGAAGAUGAAAAUGACGAGGACGAGAGCAUCGACAUAAAACUCAAGAACGAACGGACCUUGCUAUAUUGGCGGAAUAAUGGCGGAGAUGCUGGCGAUGAGUGCAGCGUUCUACCUAGUAAUUGGUCCCUUACAGCAACCGUCAGUAUGCCUCCACGAGAAAAUCCAAUAAUUUACUUUCACAUCAAGGUGAAAAAAGAGACAUUUCUCUUCAUUAUACCUCUGGGAAACGUUGAAUCAAUAUCAACCGCUCUUAGUGUGGAUAUAAAGGGCAUCCCCGGGCACUACCAUCGAACCAAAAAAUGGUGUACCGUCAACAUUCAUCUCAUGAAUCCUGGUAUAUUAGCCAAGAAGUCGGUUCCUGAAACUAUAAAUCUUGCAGAAGUACCGAGGGAGCUGAAGGAGUUGGCUUCGACCAUGAGGGUUUCUGCUCUUCUGCCUAUUAGGCACAAAAAGAAACUCGCUCGCCUUACCUCUUUCUUGAUACGCCUCGAUAAAAAUCCCGACGACAUGGGGGAUCUGCUCCGAUCCCAUGGUCCGCUGCAGAUUAUUAGAGUCAAUGAAGCUGGUGCAGACAAUCAAGCUCCACCACCCGCCUACCCAACCCAGGUGGAAAAGCAGCCGCACAACCAAGAAAAGGAGAUCUCUCCGUGUCAGAGAGUCAUAACGCCUCCGGUUGAGACUGAAGGCUGCGUAAGAGAGGGACUAGAGCGAUCAGACCAGCAGGCCAAGACUGGGCUUGAUGAUCCUUGUCAAAGCAGGACACAGGUUGAUGAAUCUCUGCUUUCCCGCAUUGAAAAACUAGAACAGAGGGUUCAUUGGAUAACAAGCGAUGUUGAUGAUGCAAACAACAAAGCUAGUGUUGCACUUUAUGACUUCCGAAAAGAGAUGAACAUACUCAUGGAGAAGUUCAGCAAGGAUGGCCAAGAGUUGGUUGACGGCCUUCGUAAAGAUCUUGAGGGACAGCUCAUGGAAGAGAUGCGCGAAAAGAGAGACGAGAUUAUGAACACCAUAUUUCAUGGUGAUAACUACAGGUUGGAUAUCUUUUUUGAUGAGAACAGACUUCAAUCAACUGAGGAAGAGUAA